UACUUCUCCUUCUUCUUCGCCGUUUGUUUGUGAUGUGGAGGAGGAGGAGGAGUAAAGGAGGAGGAGGAGGAGGAGGAGAAGAGAGGGAGGGGAGCCAAGAGACCCCGUCGCGUUUUGACCCUCGGAAACCUACACACCACCACAACCACCACCAUCAUCACCACCAUCACUCCUCCUCUUCGCCCUCUCUCCUCUGACUCCAAACAACACCAUCGCUCGUUCACAGCCAUCUCAGCCGACCGUCUCCGUGUGGACAGCGAGCACAAGGGGCCAAAAAGGACAAGAGCGGACGCCUCCUCCGUCUGAACCUCCGCACGCACACCGAGCAUCCCGAGGCUCUGCGAGCCGGAGCGAGGGGCGCACCAGUCGGACGCGAGGCGCUGCAGGGACCGCCGGCUGCUCGCUGCACUCCUCCGCGGGAGAGGAGGGGUUUUUCCUGGACUAUUCCCCGGAGCAGCACCCGGACUGGACGAAUAUUUACGUCUCGGACUCCGGCGACCAGAAGGGGAGGCAGCAGAGCCCAACUGGACUAGCCGAGCAGGGCAUCAUCCUCUCCGGGUGGAGGGCUGGCUGUCGAGUCGCAUGGAGAAGAGGUAUGAAGAGCUGGUGCACUACUCAGGGUCGGAGGCCAUGUCAGUGGGGGGGUACGGCGACGACGUCAGGACGCUUCCUCCCCCACAGUACGGAGCCCCCAUCCCUGACUCGCUCAAACACCACAAAGACCUGAUCUAUGGACACCCACUGUUUCCACUGCUGGCCUUAGUGUUUGAGAAGUGCGAGCUGGCCACCUGCUCCCCUCGAGACCCUGCCUCCUUCUCCGCCACCUCCCACCUCACGGGCAUGACCAACCACAGCGACGUCUGCUCCUCGGACUCCUUCAACGAUGACAUCGCUGCCUUCGCUAAGCAGAUUCGUUCAGAGAAACCCAUAUUUUCGUCCAAUCCUGAGCUGGACAACUUGAUGAUCCAGGCCAUACAGGUUCUUCGCUUUCAUCUGCUGGAGUUGGAGAAGGUGCACGACCUGUGUGACAACUUCUGCCAUCGCUACAUCACCUGUCUGAAGGGCAAAAUGCCCACGGACCUGGUCAUGGAUGAUCCGCAGGGAGGUUCCAAGUCUGACAUGGAGGACUUCACUGGAUCCUGCACCAGUCUGUCAGAGCAGAAUGCAUCAUGGCUCCGGGAGCCAGAUGAAUGUGCCUCUACUCCUCUGGGAACACCAGGAACCUGUGGCCUGCCCUCACACAGCACAGCAGACAACUGUAGCGACCCAGGCGAUGGUCUGGAUGGAGUGGGCUCCCCCAGCACAGGAGAGGAGGAUGAGUCUGACAGAGACCGGAGGAACAACAAGAAGAGAGGGAUCUUCCCCAAAGUGGCCACAAACAUCAUGAGAGCCUGGCUCUUCCAGCACCUGUCGCACCCAUACCCAUCUGAGGAGCAGAAGAAGCAGCUGUCGCUGGACACAGGACUGACCAUCCUACAGGUCAACAACUGGUUCAUCAACGCCAGGAGGAGAAUAGUUCAGCCGAUGAUUGACCAGACAAAUCGCUCAGGUCAGGGUGGUCCCUACAGCCCAGAGGGGGCGGCCCUCGGGGGCUACGGGCUUGACGGACAGGCCCACCUCGGUCUUCGAACAGCAGGUCUCCAGGGGAUGUCUUCUCUGCAUGGUGACUACUCCAGCGCUCUCUUGUCCCAGCCGGGCUACCCUCCCCACCCAGGACCUUCCCUCCACCCUUACCCCGGCCCACACCCCCACCCCGCCAUGCUGCUCCACCCGCCGCCACACGCACACCCUGCAGAGCCACUCCUCGCGCAGGGACUGGACAUACACGCACACUAGCUGUAGAGGGAGUCGGGGGUGUGCGUGUGAAGGAAAAUUGCUGUAUGAAUGUGUGUGUGAGUGAGUGUGUUUGGGUAGAUAUGUAAGUGUGUGUGUGUGUGUGUGUGUGUGUGUGUGUGUGUGUGUGUGUGUGUGUGUGUGACUGUGAAUGUGCAAUGACGCACACAGUACACUAUUUAAAGAAAAAAAGACACGUUGCUCCGAGUUUACAUUCCCCACUGAAAGACACUGACCUCAAUGUAGCUGUUCCACUUGCUAACACACACACACACACACACACACACACACACACACACACACACACACACACACACACACACACACACACACACACAUGCACACACACACCGUCUGGACCCACAGGUUUAAGCCAUACCUCUUUCAGAGUAGAAGUGCUUCCUCCUCUCCAAAUGUAGCCACUGUGUCCUGUGGGUGAGACACAUGGUUUAAACUACACUUCCCAUCAGCCCAUCAUGCCUGCUGAAACCACAGGAAGAUGCUUGACUGGAUCAGAGACACAGAUGAUUAUUGAUCCUCAGACUUUUUUACAACAGCACAUUGACGUUACUGGAUGGGACUUGAUCCUGUGAACACGCCUUUUUCACAACCCCCUGUCUUCCUGCGCACGCUGACUGUCAAAGAUACAAACACACACCUUCACACACACUUUAUUUAAAGCUGAUUUGAGUUGUUUUUUUCUUAUUCUAUUUUUCUAUUUAUGUGUGCCACUCCAGGCGGAUGUAGCCUCACAUGAGCUUGUUGAAAUGUUAGUGCUCUUCCUCAGCAUGAAGCUAAACACUAUGAAUGACUUCCAGUCUGCCUCGCUCUCGUACCACUGAGCUCCUUAAAAUGCCAACAGGGGUCCGAUACCUUAGGAUCUUUCCUACACACGCAAAUACACAACAUAUAUACACACACACAGCAAGACACGCUACACUGAAAGCCAUUUCUACACACACAGACAUACAAACACACACAAACUUCUGUAAGCAUUUCUAGUACAUGUUUGUUUGUCGCAGCCAGCGUUGUGUGAGGGGAGCUGCGGCCAAAGGACUCUUCAAACAUUGAGCUCCCUCUCCGCACUGCUCGGAGCGCUGAAACAUUUCUGAAUGAUGAUGGGAUAAUAUCGUUAAAGUAUUAAAAUGAUUUUUUUCUAA